AUGAAUGUCAAGGUAUACGGCGAGACAGCCAGCCAGGAGGAAGUGUUUGAGGACAUCCGCCCGCUCGUGGAUGCCGUGCUCCAAGGCCGCAACGCCGCCAUCCUGGGAUACGGCCAGACGGGAAGCGGCAAGACGCACACGCUCAUCGGCGACAUGAGGGCGCGGGAGGGGCGGGGCGUGCUGGCCCGGGCGGUGGGCGCCCUAGGCGAGGGCAUCCAGAUGGCGUCAGGGGAGGCGGAGUUUGACGUGCGGGUGAGCGCGGUGGAGGUGUACUGCGAGACGAUACGGGACCUGCUGGGGCCGGGAGAUAACCUACAGGUGAAGCAAGACGCCCGCCGGGGCGUCCACGCGGCCGGCGCCACCGAGGUGCCCGUCCACAGCGAGGAGGAACUCGUGGCGGCCACGGAGGCCGGCAUCGCCAACCGCGUGGUGGCGGCCACCGCCAUGAACGCCGCCUCCAGCCGGUCGCACUGCAUUGUGUGCGUGACGGUGGAGGCGCGGGGCGGCGGGGGGUGCCGGUCGGGCAAACUUUGCGUAGCGGACCUGGCGGGGAGCGAGCGGGGGGACAAGACGGGCGCGGCGGGGCUGACGCUGGACGAGGGCAUACUCAUCAACAAAUCGCUGUCGGCGCUCACAAAAGUGAUAUGCGCCCUUACGGAGGCCAAGUCGAAGCACGUGCCGUACCGCGACAGCAAGCUGACGCGCCUGCUUCAGGAUGCCUUGGGCGGCAGCGCCAUGACAUCCAUCAUCGUGUGCUGCUCUCCCGAAUGGAGCGACGCGCCCGAGACGCUGUCCUCACUGCGUUUCGGGCGCAGGGCCCAGGGAGUUACCAACGCUGUGCAGGUGAAUGUCCGGCCGUCAUCGGUGCCCUUGGAUCAGCAGCUCCAGGCAGCUUUGGAUCAAUGCAAAGAGCUGCGCCGGAGAGUAGAGGAGCUCGAGGGAUCCACCCAGGCACAGGGAUAUGUCUCCCAGGAGGAGGCCGGAAAUCCGAAACGGCUGGGGGCAGGAUUCUCAUGCCUGCCAACCGCCGCCUCGAGCGUCUUGGAAUUUGUUCUGCGAUGUUUGGGCACCUGGCAGGGAGCGUUGACAGCCCAAAUUGCAGGCGCGCUGCUGUACUUUGCGUGGGAGGACCACCAAUUAGAGCCCGUAUGCCGGGAUGCACAUUGGUAG